AUGGCUGCUUUCGGACACACAUUUCCCUUCUAUACUGGCCUCAAGCCAAUCUUCCCAAUGGAUACCACCUUGGCCGUCAUCAUUGCCAUCUUUCUGACUGCACUGAUCACCUUCAUCAUCAUCCUGCCUGGCAUUCGGGGCAAGAUGAGGCUGUUUUGGCUGCUACGGGUAGUGACCAGCUUAUUCAUCGGGGCUGUGAUCCUAGCCGUGAAUUUCAGUUCUGAGUGGUCCGUGGGCCAGGUCAGCACCAAUACAUCGUACAAGGCCUUCAGUUCCAAAUGGAUCAGCGCUGAUGUUGGGCUACAGGUUGGGCUGGGAGGAGUCAACAUCACACUCACAGGGAUCCCAGUGCAGCAGCUAAAUGAGACCAUCAAUUACAAUGAGGAGUUCACAUGGCGCCUGGGUGAAAACUAUGCUGAGGAGUAUGCAAAGGCACUGGAGAAGGGCCUGCCGGACCCUGUGCUCUACCUGGCUGAGAAGUUCACCCCAAACAACCCAUGUGGUCUGCAUGGCCAAUACCGCCUGGCAGGACACUACACCUCAGCCACGCUCUGGGUGGCAUUCCUCUGCUGGCUGCUGGCCAAUGUGAUGCUGUCUAUGCCUGUGCUGGUCUACGGUGGUCACAUGCUGCUGGCCACAGGCAUCUUCCAGCUGUUGGGACUGCUCUUCUUCUCCAUGGCCACAUCACUCACACCACCCUGUCACCUGCGCCUGGGCACCGCUACACUGCACACUCGCCAUGGGCCUGCCUUCUGGAUCACAUUGACCACAGGACUGCUUUGUGUGCUGCUGGGCCUGGCCAUGGCAGUGGCCCACAGGAUACAGCCCCAGAGGCUGAAGGCUUUCUUCAACCAGAGUUCAGGAGAGGACCCUACACUGGAUUGGAAUCCUGAAGAAGGGGGACUCCUGAGCCCCCGCUUCCGGUCCACAGCCGAGAGUCCCGAGCCCCAGGACAUUCCUCUGUCAGAGGCUUCCUCUGAGACAUGCUGUAAGAAGGAGCAUCCCAGAGAGCCUGACUGUACCCUGUAA